GCAGCCGAGUAGGGGUGACGCGACGGCCAUCUUGCCAGUUUUCCCGCGUUUUCGAACCGCCUAGUGUUAACUUAGUUCAAACCCAAGUGCCCUUAUGAAGGAAGCAACACUAACGGAUUUCUAUAGUGAUCCUGUACUCAAUAGCACGUGUGAUCGUGAUAAUAAUUUUUACAGAAUAUUAGAUCGGUUGACCCGAGAAUGAAACGCGAUGAUUCCUUAAAGAGCUUCACGAGGGUACCGCGCCGGCACAGCAUCAGCGAGCAGAUACCGGUGCUGUCGGUGCCGCUGCGCUCCAACUCGAUUACUAUCAGGCAGCUUGCUCAGCACUCCGCGUAUUUAGCAGAAAGGGCUCUUAGGGAGGCCGAAGACGAACUCCAAAACAAUUCGCCACCUUCAUCCUGGUUCAAACUAUUCAGAUUCGCGAAACCAUGCGAGCUGUUCAUGCUGUUCAUCGGUGUGCUCAUGGCCUCCCUGAACGGCCUGUUCGUGCCAAUCGGCGUGAUAGUCUACGGCGAGUUCACGUCGCUGCUGAUCGACCGGACAGUCAUGACUGGCACCUCCACGCAGACUAUAACCAUAUCGAUGUUCGGUGGUGGAAGGAUCUUAACGAACGCAUCCCGAGCAGAGAACAAGGCAGCGCUGAUUGAGGACUCGCAGGCGUUCGGCAUCGGCUGCGCGGUGUUCUCGGUGCUGCAGUUCAUUGUGGGGGCCAUCAGCGUGGACCUGUUCAACUAUGCAGCUAUGAAUCAGAUUGACAGAAUGAAAGAGAGAUUUCUUCAGGCCGUGUUACGUCAGGACAUCACAUGGUAUGACCUCAAUACCAGUAUGAAUUUCGCCACCAAAGUAUCAGAUGACGUGGAAAAGUACAGAGAAGGGAUUGGCGAGAAGGUGCCCAUGUUGGUGUACCUGAUAAUGUCAUUCGUGACAGCUGUCAUCAUAUCCUUCUGCUACGGCUGGGAGCUCACGCUCGUCAUCCUGUCGUGCGCUCCGGUCAUCAUUAUUACCACUGCUAUCGUAGCUAAGGUGCAAUCGUCGCUAACCACGCAAGAGCUGAAAGCCUACAGCGUGGCCGGCGUUAUCGCUGAAGAGGUGCUGUCAGCCAUCCGGACUGUCAUCGCUUUUGGCGGGGAACAGAAGGAGAUCACAAGAUACAGUACGCGCUUAGAACCAGCUAAAAAGAUGGGCACCAAAAAGGGGGUAUAUUCUGGACUGGGCAGCGGCGUGAUGUGGUUCAUUAUCUACGCCACGUAUGCUCUGUCCUUCUGGUACGGAGUCGGCUUAAUAUUGGACAGCAGGCACGAGGCACGGCCGGUUUACACACCGGCCGUUCUGAUGAUUAUCUUCUUCAGUGUGCUCCAAGGCGCCCAAAACAUGGGUCUGACGUCGCCCCAUAUGGAAGCCAUAAACGCGGCGAGGGCAUCCGGCGGCUCCAUAUUCGCUGUCCUGGACAGAAAGCCGGCCAUCGACAGUCUGUCCACGGAGGGAUUAAGACCGGAGCUAACUGGAGACUUGGAGCUGAAGAAUGUGUUCUUUAAGUACCCUGCACGGCCCGAUGUUCAGGUUCUCAACGGUAUAAGUCUGAAGAUAAACAAGAACGAAACAAUAGCAUUAGUCGGUCCGAGCGGUUGCGGGAAGUCGACGGUCCUACAACUGCUUCAGAGAAUGUAUGACCCGGACCAAGGGGGCGUGUUGGCUGGAGGGCAUGACUUGAGGGAGAUGAACGUGCGACAUCUUAGGGAUCAUAUAGCUGUGGUGGGGCAAGAACCAGUGCUGUUUGCGGGGACUAUACGAGACAAUAUACGGAUGAGCAACCCAUCGUGUACCGAUGAAGAAAUUAUAAUCGCCUCAAAACAGGCUUACUGCCACACCUUCAUUCAGAAACUACCUGAUGGCUACGACACACUGAUCGGAGAGCGAGGCGCCCAGCUAUCAGGCGGUCAGAAGCAACGCAUAGCCAUCGCCAGGGCUUUGGUCCGAAGGCCCAAGAUCCUGCUCCUGGAUGAGGCUACAUCAGCGUUGGAUUCCCACAGCGAAGCCAAGGUGCAGAGGGCCUUGGACGCGGCAGCACACGGCAGAACCACCGUCAUGGUGAGCCACAGGCUAGCGACAGUACUGAACGCGAAUCGCAUCGUGUUCAUUGACAAGGGCGAAGUCAUAGAGGAGGGGACGCACGAUGACCUGCUGAAGCAGAAGGGAAGGUACUACCAGCUCGUCAUGGAAAACGAGCCGAGCAUCGGGCCUGUGCCUUCUACGGACAUUGAGAAACAUGCCAAGAUGCACCGUCCGAAGCUACAGAAACUGGCAUCAGUGGAAUCCAUGAAGAGUACGUCAGAAGAAGACUCUGCCUCAGAAGAGAGCGUAGUGAUGGAAGAGAAGGAACCACCAGAGAUGCAGCCCACGACUUGGCAGAUCAUGAAGUUGUGUGAACCGGAGAAGUACCUGAUGAUCAUUGGAGUCCUGGCCGCGAUAGCUGUAGGAGCAUCUUUUCCAAUGUUCGCCGUGUUGUUCGGUGAAACUUAUGGUCUUCUCCAAAGUUCCGAUGAAAACUGGGUCCGCGGGCAGACCAACAUAAUCGCUAUAUUGUUUCUGAUAGUGGGCGUACUCACAGGCGUUGGAAUCUUCUUCCAAAUAUUCAUCUUCAAUUUGACGGGCGUGCGGCUCACGGCAAGGCUUAGGGUGGCCACAUUCAGCAACAUGCUGAAGCAAGAAAUCGGGUGGUUCGACGACCCCAUCAACGGCAUCGGUGCACUUUGCUCGCGGUUGGCGGCCGACGCGGCGGCUGUCCAAGGUGCAACCGGCACUCGAAUCGGCGCUCUAAUGCAAGCGGGGGCGACGAUAGUGAUCGGCAUCUCUUUAUCCAUGUUCUACACUUGGAAGAUGACGCUAGUGUCUCUAGUGUCAGUGCCUAUGGUCAUAGUGGCGGUGGUGCUUGAAGGCAGAGUCAUAGCGGCCGGCAUAGAAGCCGUGAGGCAGGCGUCGGACAAAGCUAACACUAUAGCUACUGAGGCGAUUACUAACAUCAGGACUGUGUCUGCCUUCUGUGGUGAGCAAGGCGUCCUCGAACGCUACCACAAGGCAGGCCUGGCCGCUCGCAAGACUGCUCGCAGCAGCCUCCGCUGGCGAGGCUGCGUGUUCUCCUUCGGGCAGACCGCGCCCGUCGCCGGCUACGCGCUGUCGCUGUGGUACGGAGGCGUCCUGGUGGCCAACAGGGAGGUGCCCUACAAGGACGUCAUCAAAGUCUCAGAAGCUUUAGUAUUCGGCGCGUGGAUGAUGGGCCAGGCUCUGGCGUUCGCGCCUAACUUCGGCGCAGCCGUCAGCGCGGCGGGACGCGUGUUAACACAGCUGGCGAGGAAGCCUAAGGUGGAGAGCACGCUCACACCAUCCGUGCCUGAAGGAUUCGUGGCAGAAGGCAAGAUCCAAUACAAGAACGUCAAGUUCCGCUAUCCCACUAGGAGGGAAGUGGAGGUGUUACGUGGUCUCUCGCUCGCGAUACCGAGCGGGAAGCGGAUAGCCCUCGUGGGCCCGAGCGGGUGCGGCAAGUCCACCUUGAUACAGCUGCUGCAGCGGCUGUAUGACCCUGACGACGGGAGUGUGUAUCUGGACGACUACAACACGAUGUCGGACAUGCGUCUCACGACGCUACGACGCAACCUCGGCAUCGUGUCGCAGGAGCCGGUGCUCUUCGACAGAAGCAUCGCAGAGAACAUCGCGUACGGAGACAAUACGCGCAUCGUGCCUAUUGAAGAGAUAGUCGUCGCCGCCAAGGCAGCUAACGUUCACUCUUUUAUUGCUGCGCUACCUGCGGGCUACGAAACUCGCGUUGGAGCGAGAGCGUCCCAGCUGUCCGGCGGACAGAAGCAGAGGAUCGCGAUCGCACGCGCGCUGGUCAGGAAUCCACGGGUUCUGCUCCUGGAUGAGGCCACUUCAGCCCUCGACACGCACAGUGAGAAGGUGGUGCAAGAAGCCCUCGACCGUGCCAGCGAGGGUCGGACCUGCCUCAUCAUCGCCCACCGUCUAGCCACCAUCCAGAACGCAGACAUGAUUUGCGUCAUCGACCGCGGCGUGGUGGCUGAAACCGGCACGCACAGAGAACUCAUGGCCAAGAAAGGCAUAUACGCUAAGCUGUACGAGCUGCAGUGCGGGUUUAUAGAGGAAGACGAUGAGAACGUUAACCCUGCCGCGUAGAUGAGUGUGAAACAAGAUUCAACAUUCACAAGUCGUCAAAAUAUUCAAAACCCAAACGCUAAACUAUUUUGCAGGCGCGGAUCCGCUAUAAUGGGCAAGAUGGGCGC